AUGAGCUCAGCACAAGAUAUCACUGGCGCUUCUGCGCACGGGAGACAGCUCGAAGUUUCCGCCAGCUUGGGACUUUCAACUUCGCCAACCGCCACUUUCACCUCCCCCCCUUCAAGCUUUGCUAGAGCCGGCCCUGCUCUAGCCCAGAGGCCAGCCCCGAAGCUUCUGAAGCCCUUCAACACCCAGGACAUUAAGAUUUUGCUACUCGAAAAUGUCAACCAGACAGGAAAAGACAUCCUGACCGAGCAAGGUUACCAGGUCGAGGCUCUCAAGACCUCUCUGCCUGAAGAUCAGCUCAUUGAGAAGAUUCGGGACGUGCAUGUCAUUGGUAUUCGCUCCAAGACCAAGUUGACCGAGAAGGUCCUGCGUGAGGCCAAGAACCUGCUCGUCAUUGGCUGCUUCUGCAUCGGCACCAACCAGGUCAACCUCGAAUACGCCGCCGCUCACGGCAUUGCUGUCUUCAACUCCCCUUUCGCCAACUCGCGCAGUGUUGCAGAGCUUGUUAUUGCCGAGAUCAUCACCCUGGCCCGCCAGCUUGGUGACCGCUCCAAUGAGAUGCACCGCGGCACCUGGAACAAGGUCAGCUCCAAGUGCUGGGAAAUCCGUGGCAAGACGCUCGGUAUCGUGGGCUAUGGCCACAUUGGCUCGCAGCUUUCCGUCUUGGCUGAGGCCAUGGGUAUGAAUGUUGUCUAUUACGAUGUCGUGAAUCUGAUGGCCUUGGGAACCUCGACCCAAGUACCCACCUUGGAAGCCUUGCUGGAGGAGGCCGACUUCGUUACCUUGCACGUACCUGAGCUGCCAGAGACCAAGAACCUGAUCUCCACUGCUCAGCUCGAGAAGAUGAAGACUGGCGCUUACCUGAUUAACGCCAGCCGUGGUAGUGUUGUCGAUAUUCAGGCUUUGAUUAACGCCAUGCGCUCUGGCAAGAUUGCCGGUGCUGCUCUUGACGUCUACCCCAACGAGCCUGCGGCCAACGGCGACUACUUUAACAGCUCGCUCAACACAUGGGGCGAGGAUCUGCGUAGCCUGAACAACAUCAUCUUGACGCCACACAUUGGUGGUAGCACUGAGGAAGCCCAGCGUGCUAUUGGUGUCGAAGUUGCCGAGGCGCUUGUUCGCUACAUUAACCAGGGCACCACACUCAACAGUGUUAACCUGCCUGAGGUUAACCUAAGAUCAUUGACUCUGGAUGAGCCCGACCACGCUCGUAGAGCUGAUAGGGGAAUCCAGGUCAUCUACAUCCACCGCAACGUUCCUGGUGUAUUGCGCAGAGUUAACGAGAUUCUUGGUAACCACAAUGUUGACAAGCAGAUCUCUGACAGCAGAGGCGACAUUGCGUACCUCAUGGCCGACGUAAGCGACGUCAAGGCCGAAGAUAUCAAGGAGAUCAACGACGGUCUGGAUUCUCUGAGCUCACGCAUCAUGACCCGCGUCUUGUACUAG